AUGUUUGCGAUUUGGAAUUAUGGUGAAUUUGGUCCGGAUGUUUGGGACGAUGAAUAUCCAUCUUGUGCAGGUCGUUCUCAAUCUCCUGUUAAUAUAAGAACGGCAUGUACAAUUUAUCAAUCAUUUGAACCAUUUCAUUUUGCACAAGAUUAUAAUGUAUCACAUAAUUUUACACUAAUAAAUAAUGGUCAUUCUAUACUUGCGAGGUACUCCCCUGAAAAUAAUGAAACACUAUUUCAAGUAACUGGUGGUGGUUUAAAUGGAACAUUUGAAUUUUUAAAUUUUCAUCUUCAUUGGGGUCAAAACUAUAAAUCUGGUAGUGAACAUCAAAUAAAUAGUAAAAAAUACGCCGGCGAAAUACAUAUUGUUUAUGUCAAUCGUAGAACACGUCAGUUAGCUGUCAUCGCAAUAUUUAUGCAAAGUGAUCGAAGUAUUGAUUUGAAUGAAACAAAAAAUACUUAUAAAAUUCAAAAUACGACAUUGAAUGAAUGGGAAAGAUACUUUUCAACAGCUAGAACAUUACAAUAUUCAAAUAUUUCCAUUGUAUUAAGUUUAAAUCUAGCAAAAUUAAUGGGCAAUAAUUUCAAUGAAUUUUGGAGAUAUCAAGGUUCGUUAACAACACCUCCAUGUACUGAAAAUAUUAUUUGGACUGUAUUUAAAGCUCCAAUUAUAUUUACUGAAAAUGAACUGAAUAGUUUUCGUAAGAAUAUUUUUAUUGAAGAUUAUCGUGGUCCACAACCACUGUACAAUAGAACUGUAUAUCAAAAUUUCGUAAAUGAAACAAAAUUAUCAGUAUCGGAUUAUAAUUGUUGUUUGAAAGAUUUAAAGAAUUAUACAAAUAAUUUUUCUAUAAGACAAGUAAAUACAAAUAACUUUUUAUUCAUCUUAGCUUAUGUACUGGAAACUUUUUCAUUCUAA